CAAUCGAUUUCUCCCCUACCUAGUGUUAUGUCAGGUGAUAUAUAAACAGCGGUAUAACCUUUGGUGUUCCGAAAUGUUCGGAAUAAAUCAGUAGAAAUGUCAACACGACCGCGAUAGAUGCUCGCAAUUUUUCAUUCAACGACGUAAAUCUCUUCGAUCGGCAUUAAUUUCUCGGGCAAGUAUGGAACUUAUGCGAAAUCUCAUUGGCCGCAAGCUGACACGGUCGCUCCUGAAGCCGCCUGCAACAUGCUCGCAACAUACGCGAUACAUCAGAUUGGCAGAGGUUGGUAAAUUGGAAACGCCAAAGUUACAAGGAAAGUAUGAGGCAGGUCAAUUGAUUUUACACAGGAUUUUUGGUUAUCGAGGUGUGAUUUUAUUUCCAUGGCUGGCAAGAGUAUAUGACAGAGAUAUAUCCAAUAAAAAGGAUGAGAAGAAUAACAAUUCGAGCAAUGUUGAUGAUAAGGAAGUUAAAAGCAGAACACACACGUUUUAUCAAGUUUUAAUUGAUCAACGUGAUUGUCCUUAUAUACGUGCCCAAACAGAAGCAGUGACAUUUCUGGGUAAUCAUGAGAGUAGUCGCAGCUUAUAUGCUAUUCCUGGAUUAGAUUACGUUGCUCACGAAGAUGUAUUACCAUAUACUACAAACGAAAAGGCAGCAUUGCAACAUGAACUAUUUGACAAAUUUCUAAAUUAUCAUCCAGGCAAGGAACCAUGCUUUGUAGCACAAGAAACCCUUCGGGCAUGGCAAAAGAAGAAUCAUCCAUGGCUUGAGUUGUCAGAUGUACAUAAAGAAACGACUGAAGAUGUUCGAAUUACUGUUAUACCAUUUUAUAUGGGUUGCAGGGAGAGCCAGGCCACUUCUGUAUACUGGUGGCGCUAUUGUAUCCGGUUAGAAAAUUUAGGUGAUUUGAGUGUGCAGUUACGUGAAAGGCAUUGGAGAAUAUUUAGUCUAUCAGGUACAUUAGAAACUGUCAGAGGAAGAGGUGUAGUGGGUCAAGAACCUGUGCUAUCAAAAGCUUCACCUGCUUUUCAAUAUAGUAGUCAUGUGAGUUUGCAAGCUCCUAGUGGUCACAUGUGGGGAACAUUUAGGAUGGAAAGAGAAGAUGGGCACACAUUUGAUUGUAGAAUACCACCAUUCUCUCUAGAAUCAAAAGCAGAAGAAACGUCCACGCCUAAUGUAGAAAUCUGACUUCUCAGAUGAAAACAGAAUGAGAUAAUUAUAAGUGACUAGUUAGUUAAACAUAUAACAAUUCUUAGGUAAAGAUGCAGAUUCAAGUGCAAUCUACAAAUGGAUAAACUUAAUUAGUGAAUUUUGUGAUAAUUUUUAAAUCAAUUUUCACAUGUUAAAUUUAAUAAAAUUAAAGU